AUGAAAACCAUAUAUUUUUUUCUCAUCAUCAUUUUUACACUUACUCUAUUCUCCGGUGUCUUUCCGAGGCCUUCGCCGGACGAUUUAUCCAACGAUCACCUAAUUUCCGACGGAGUUCAAUUUAAGCCGGAAAAUGAGUUUUUGAACCAGCAGGUCAUAAAAUCGGAAGAGACUCGGAAAAUAGAAUGCGAGCAAAUGUACGGAUUCUUGCCAUGCUCAGGAACGAUGACGGGCCAUUUGUUUCUGAUCUUCGUGUAUCAAUAUCUUCUUUUUCAUGCCGAGUCCUACGUGGACUCGGGAGGCAAGAGGGUCUUUAAGAUACUCGGGCCGGGUAUUUUUGGUGCGAGUGCUUUUCAGGUCAUUGGUUCUCUUCCUGAAGCUUUGAUUCUUCUUGCAUCCGGGCUGUCGAGCAAUGACGAAACUGCUCAAGAAUGCGUUUUAACCGGUGUGGGGCUACUGGCCGGGUCUUCAAUCUUGCUCCUAACCUUAAUAUGGGGAACAUGUGUUAUAAUUGGCAGCCAAAAUUUUGCUAGCCAUUUGCAUUCUCAUCUUACAGAGGAUAAAAUAUAUAACCCUUUUGAGAGAUUCUUGAUAUCCUUAUGGCCAGGAUAUGGUGUGGUGACAGCUCUGUUUGCAAGCCACACUUCAAGAAUCAUGCUCUUAUCAGUUGUGCCCCUGAUUAUGAUCCAAAUUCCGACACUUUUCGAUUUAUCUUACGUUUGGGAAAGAUGUUUUCUGAUUAUCACGCUCGUUGUUUCGUUUAUGUUCCUGCUUUGUUACUUCCUUUAUCAGUGCUUCGAGCCUUCGAUUCAAAAGCGUCGUUUGAUGUACAUAAAACACGAGCAUUUAGUCGUGGAUGUAUUGAACCAUAUCCAGAAUCAAACUACCGGGAAACUACUAACUGAAAACGGGUCGCCAAAUGUAACGACUAUAAAACGGCUGUUUGAGGAGAAAGAUCAAGAUGGAGAUAACACUAUAUCGUUCUCCGAGCUCAAAGAUUUCUUGCAAGAAAUCAAAAACCAAAAGCUUCAAUCAGAUAAAGAUAAUACGACUUUGGAGAUUAUGAGAGAAUUCGAUAUCAAUGACGAUGAUAAAAUAACGAUGGAUGAAUUUGUGAGUGGGAUGACCAAAUGGCUUGAUGAUACUAAGAACACCAUUAAUAAAAAGUAUCACUCAGUUAAAUCACUUAAAGGCUUAUACCAGAUUCUUAAGCCGUGGAUGCAAAAGAAGAGAGAAGAACGCGAGAUGAUGAAGCAUUUGGUUCCGGACAUUUUAGAACACAUUCAGAACUCGGUUUAUGGGAGCCUCUUGGCAGAGGAUGGCACUCCAAAUGUUGCUGCUAUAAAAAGAUUGUUUAGAGACAUUGAUCUCGACAAGAACGAAUACAUAUCAAACUCCGAGUUGAAAGAACUUAUAAACAACAUCACAUUAGGCAUAAUUCCGUACAAUUCGGACAUUGCUGCAUCGAAAUUGAUGGAAGAACUCGAUUUAAGUGGAGACAAAUUGAUCGAUGAAGAAGAGUUUGUUAUGGGAUUUUCGAAAUGGCUAAAUGCAAGUUAUCACAAAGAACAUUCCAAUAACUCGGAGGAAAACGAAGAAGAAGACAUUAAUUACGAGAGAACAUGGGAACAAACAGAUAAGCUGCUAGAGGACAAAUUUGUCGAUAAAUCGACAUUAGCUUGGUGUAAAGCCAUAGCCCUUAUAUUGCUAGGCCUUGUUAUGCUCGGUUUUCUAGCCGAGCCUCUCAUACAAAGCGUUCGAAAUUUUUCUUUACAAGCAAACGUGCCUUCAUUUUACGUCUCGUUCAUAUUCAUACCUUUGGCAACGAAUGCUCGUAUAGCAGUAUCGACGAUCAAAGAGUCCCGGCGAAAGAAGCUUCAAGUCACUUCCUUAACAAUGUCUGAGAUAUACGGGACUGUGUUCAUGAACAACAUCCUAGGAUUAGCCGUUCUUUUGUCGUUGAUCUAUUUUCGUGACUUGGCGUGGACAUUUUCGGCAGAGCUGGACCAAGAAAAGCUCAACAACAAGGGUCUUGUGAGCCUGGACAAUUUUCACAAACACCUCGUCUAUGAGAAACAGGAACAAGAAGAAGAAGAAGAAGAAGAAGAAGAAGAAUUUUCCCGGCGAAUCCAGUUGCUUUACGGGAACCCAGGCGCCGACCCCAUUCAGCUGCCGCAACCGCCGCCGCCGGCGCUGCCCAGGAAGCGGCCGUGCUUCUCUCCCGCUUUACCUCUGGAGCCCGCCGCCGGACAUGCGAUGCCCCGCCCGAGAAGCGCCGGCGGCGAGGUCGUGGAGGUGCAGGGCGGCGGCCACAUCAUACGGUCGACGGGGCGGAAGGACCGGCACAGCAAGGUCUGCACGGCCAAGGGCCCACGCGACCGCCGGGUCCGCCUGGCGGCCCACACCGCCAUACAGUUCUACGACGUCCAGGACCGGCUGGGCUACGACCGGCCGAGCAAGGCCGUGGACUGGCUCAUCAAGAAGGCCAAGGCCGCCAUCGACGAGCUGGCCCAGCUCCCGGCCUGGCAGCCCACCGCCGGUUCGGGCCCCAACCCGAGCCCGAAUUUCGAGCAAGAGGAGCAAAACGAGGACCAGCAGCAGCGUGACGGCUUAAAUCCUGAUUUAGUGGUUACAAAUAACGAAAACCAGAGCUUUCUGCCGCCGUCUCUGGACUCCGACGCCAUAGCCGACACCAUAAAGUCCUUUUUCCCGGUGGGGGCUCAGGCGGAAACGAGCUCCUCGGCCAUGGAGUUUCAAAGCUUCCAAUCUCCCGAUUUUCUCUCGAGAAACAGCCACAAUCGCACUAAUACCCAGGAUUUAAGGCUUUCGCUGCAGUCAUUGCAAGAUCCAGUCUUGCUCCACCACCAUAGCCACCACAGCGCCGCCGCUCCCCUAGGGUUUGACGGCUGGACAGAGAGCCGCCAGCCCCAGGCAAUCGAGCUCGGCCGUCUCCAGAGACUCCCGGCCUGGAAUCUCCCCGGCGAGAGCACCGGCGGAUCAACGGCUGGGGGAUACCACCUGCUCAAUUUUCCGGCGCCGGCGCUGCAGCAUCAUUUUGACCAAAGCCAAGUUUUUUCACAGAGGGGACCCCUUCAGUCCAGUAACUCACCGGCAGUUCGUGCUUGGAUGGACCCACCAUCCGCUGGACAACUCGACCCGAGCCAGCCCCACUUUUACCAGCAAUAUCCAUCCGGUUUUCCUAUCUAUCAGUCUCCGGCUACUGCCGGCGGAUUUUCCGGGUUUCGAGUCCCAGCACGAAUUCAGGGUGACCAUGAGGAGCACCAUGGCUACGCCCAGAAGCCAUCGUCUGCUUCCUCUGAUUCUCGCCGUUAA